AGCAAGUGUUGUCAGGACAACCAAUUGAACGCUUGUGCAUCCGUGUAUUUCCUGUUUGCUGCUGGAUUAGAUUCAACAAUGUCUGACGUGGCCAAGGACAAGGCAGCUCGCCUGCUGAAGAAGAGAGGCAGCGUCUCCUCACUCAGCAGCCAUGAAGUCAAAGCAAAGGAAACAACUGGGAAAACUAAAGAUUCCAUGAGUACAGUAUCUUAUAUUGAUGAGCCUGGCCAGCAAGAUGACAAUCCUCGACCUGCUGUUCAAAUGGAGAACACAUUCCAACUAGGUCCUGCAAAGCGUUUCCCUGUGGCCACAGUGAACAACAUUUUAAAAGACGUGCUGACCAGUUAUCUGCAAGAGGAGAAGUAUGAAGCAGAACUGUGUAGGCAGAUGACAAAAACCAUAUCUGAGGUUAUAAAAGCCAGAGUGAAAGAUUUAAUGAUUCCUCGGUACAAAAUAAUUGUUCUGAUCAAUAUUGGGCAGCUGAAUGAACAGAACAUGCGCAUUGGAAGCAGGUGCCUUUGGGACCCUACCAAUGACACAUUUUCAUCCUACACCUUCAAGAACACCUCUUUAUUUGCUGUUGCAAAUGUCUACGCAGCUUACUUUGAGUAACAGCCAACCGGGACUGCUUAUUGUAGAAGAUACAGCAAAUAACAUUGUGUGUAUAUAAUAUUGUAUAUAUCCUAUUAGAAAAAAUGUAAUUAAACAAACUGGCCCCACAGUUAUCCUAUAAAAAGGCAAGUCAAUGGAAAUCUUUGGUCAUUAAUGAAACGUGAUCCUGUCACGAAAUGCAAUUACACUCUAGUUGCUUGCAUACAGUUAUAAUCAUGUAAUAGGUCAUCGAUCACGUAUUUAUUAGUCGGCAAUGCUGAGGAAUCAUGUCGUUAGAAACAUUUCCAUAGAAAAAUAACCUGAUUAUUGUUUUAUGUAAAGGGCUAACAACAACGUCUUGCUAGUUCAACAUUUAUUGUAACCUUUGUAAUUAAGCAUUCAUAAAAAAAAAAUCAAGACGACAUAAGGGGCCCCAUUUUCCACUGUGAGAUAAUUGCCCAUCUACUACAUUUAAUAUGGAGUGGGCACUUUGCCUGGGGUUUUCCCCGAUGGGAACAUACAGGGCAAAACCUGAGAGUGCAGCAAUUUCAAAACUGAACCAAAUGUAAAACGAAUAUUUUUACAAUAAAGCAUAAUUUGGA